UGGAUCCAUCAUCCUCUACUCACUGCAACUGUCACCCUGCCACUGCCAGCCACAGAUACAUGUUACUAAACCCAGAACCCUGCAUUCACUAUAUCUGGUCUCCCUGGACCCCACAUUCACUAUAUCUGGUCUCCCUGGACCCCGCAUUCACUAUAUCCGGUCUGCCCGGACCCUGCAUUCACUAUAUCUGGUCUCCCCGGACCCUGCAUUCACUAUAUCUGCUCUCCCCGGACCCUGCAUUCACUAUAUCUGGUCUCCCAGGACCCUGCAUUCACUAUAUCUGGUCUCCCAGGACCCUGCAUUCACUAUAUCUGGUCUCCCCGGACCCUGCAUUCACUAUAUCUGGUCUCCCCGGACCCUGCAUUCACUGUAUCUGGUCUCCCCGGACCCUGCAUUCACUAUAUCUGGUCUCCCCGGACCCUGCAUUCACUAUAUCUGGUCUCCCCGGACCCUGCAUUCACUAUAUCUGGUCUCCCCGGACCCUGCAUUCACUAUAUCUGGUCUCCCAGGACCCCGCAUUCAUUAUAUCUGGUCUCCCCAGACCCUGCAUUCACUAUAUCAGGUCUCCC